CUUCUCGCAUAGAUAUUUUCCUCAAUGGAUGUUAUACUCUUUAUCAGAAAUCUUCUCGCAUAUAAUCAAUCAUUUAUCACUGACUACUAUUCAACUCAGUUUGAUCAAGCAUUGAGAAAAGUUCAAUUGUCAAUACAAUGUCUACGUGGAUCCUAGUUUUUCUGAUAUACUUUCUAAAUGGUCAAGUGACGGAAGUAGAGUCGAAAAAAGGUUUCGGGCGAGGAGAACAAGAAUGGGGAUAUGUAACAGUGAGAGAGAAUGCUCAUAUGUUUUGGUGGCUUUAUUACGUAAAUCCACUAGAUCAAUCUAAAGAUUUUAAUGUCUUUUCCAAACCUUUAAUUAUCUGGCUGCAAGGCGGUCCAGGAGCUUCUUCAACAGGAUAUGGAAACUUUGAAGAACUUGGCCCUCUCGAUAUUGAUCUUAACCAAAGAAAUAAUACCUGGGUUAACGAUUACAAUGUUUUAUUUAUUGACAAUCCAGUAGGUUCUGGGUUCAGUUAUGUUGAGGAUGAUUCAGCAUACGUAAAAAAUAAUUUACAAAUAGCUCAAGAUUUAGUAGUUUGUAUUAAGCAAUUUUUGGAAGUCAUUCCUGAAUUCAAAAAUGUCUCUACGUAUAUUACAUCAGAGUCUUAUGGGGGAAAGAUGGCAGCUGAAUUUGCUCUUCUUUGGUAUCAAGCUCAAAAUAAGGGUGAAAUAGUAAGCCAGUUGAAAGGUGUUGCUCUCGGUGAUUCAUGGAUUUCACCUGUCGAUUCAGUACUUUCUUGGGCUCCAUAUCUACUGCACACGGGUAUGAUAGAUACUGCAGGCUUCAAAACCAUUCAUAAAUCUGCAGAAGCCACUCAACAAGCUAUCUUAUCAGGAAAUUGGACUCUUGCUACUGAACUUUGGGGUAUGACAGAAGUGGUCAUAUUCACUGUUACAGACAAUAUCGAUUUUUAUAAUAUUUUGAAAAAAGUUAAUCCUACCAGCAAAUUGGAAAAGUGUUUCAGUAUUCCACAAUCUUUAGAACCGUUAAUAGAUGAUGAUGUAAAAUUAGCAGACUUGAUGAAUGGUGAAGUUAAAAAAACUCUUGGUUUAAACGUUACUUGGGGCGAUCAACAGUCAAAUGUUUUUUAUGAACUUAUGGAAGACUUCAUGCGACCAGUUACAAAUAUAGUCGAACGAUUAUUAAAUGAAACUAGUUUGCAAGUGUUUGUAUUCUCCGGACAAUUGGAUUUAAUUGUUGCAACUCCUGGUACACUUGCUUGGGUAGAAAAAUUACAAUGGAAAGGUGCUGCUAAAUGGCGUGAUUCUCCUAGAUAUUCUGUUAAUGUUAAUCAUACAAUUGAAGGAUAUGUUAAAGAGUAUGAGAAUUUGAAAAUGUAUUGGAUCAAUCGAGCUGGGCAUAUGGUACCAAGAGAUAAUCCUGAUGCAACUAAAGCAAUGCUUCAGGAUCUAACGUCUCAGAAAAUAUGUAACGUUACAGAUACUGAUAAUAAUCACGUUGAAAAUACGGAUGAUAAUAUUGAAAAUAGUUUAUCAGAAAAACCAAUACCAAGAAACUUAAAAAAAAGUUUUCGAAAAAGUAAAAUAAUUCAUCCAUAGAAUAUAUUUCUAUCUAACUAUGUAAUUAUAAAAU